AGGCUCUGAGCAGAGAGAUAGCAGCUCUGUCACACACAGUCAGAGCCACAGAGGACGAGCUGAGAGCUGAAGACGUCUCAUUCCUGAAGAACUACAAGGUUACAGUGGGAAGAGACCAGCAGCGCCCCCUGCUGGAUGAUCCACAGCUGGACUCAGGAGCUCUGAUAGAUGUGGCUGAACAUCUGGGCAACCUGACCUUCAACAUCUGGAAAAAGAUGAAGGACAUGGUCUCCUACAGUCCUGUGGUUCUGGAUCCAAACACUGCUCAUCCAGACCUCAUCCUGUCUGAAGAUCUGACCAGUGUGAAACGAGGACAGAAACAGCAGCUUCCUGACAAUCCAGAGAGGUUUGAUGAUUAUGUCAUUGUCCUGGGCUCUGAGGGUUUUGACUCAGGGACUCACAGCUGGGACGUUGACGUUGGAGACAAUAAAUUCUGGUUUUUGGGAGUGGCUACAGAGUCUGUGAAGAGGAAAGGAAACAUACGGUCUGGAAGAUGGAUAAUAGGAUUGUCUAAUGGUAAAUAUAAAGCCUUCUCCCCAUCAGGCCGACCAGUUUUUCUGUCAAUUAUAGAAACGAUUCAGAAGAUCAGAGUUGAGCUUGACUGUGACAGAAGAAAACUGUCUUUCUCUGAUCUCGAUACUGAUGAGCACAUUUACACCUUCAAACGCAUUUGUGCAAAGAAGUUGUUUCCAUUCAUUGACAAUAGAGAUGAAUUCCCCAUUCAGAUUUUACCAGAGGAGGAUGAGGAGGAUGACAGCGACAAUGACGGCAAUGAUGAUGAUGAUGAUGAUGAUGAUGAUGAUGAUGAGGACGACGACACUGAUGACAGUUACAAUGACCAAUGUAAAAUUGUAAAUUACUGA